AUGCUAUACCAGAAGAUGCUGGGAUCCCUCCGCACAGCAACUGAACGCAGGCCAGAUGGAUGGACAUAUGACCCAGAUUAUGCUGAAGAUGAUCCGCGGUAUUGGCGUGUUGAAUGUGAAGAUGAGACUGAGCCACUGGUUGACCGCUUGGAGUUCUAUAAGCAGAGAUUUCAAAAUCUUCAUUGGAUCCCGCAUGUUCAGAAGGUGGGAUCGUGGCCAACGAUAUAUGAAUGGUACGACGAAAAGUGGGGCUCUGCGGAGGCAAAGGUACUGCGCGAAAUCUAUUUCGAACACGGGUGGUCGGACUCGUUUGACCGAGAGGCAUGCCAGGGAGCGUUGGAGGCAUUCUACUACGACUUCGAAAGACGGAAGGCCCUCUGUGAAAGGGGUUAA